AUGACGACUCCUACUCUGAUCAACCUGCCACCUCCUCCGUCGGAAUCUGUCACCCCAUCUGACAUGGGACCAGGCACUCCCAACUCCGGCACGACCUCCUUGUCCGCUCUGUCCACCACAGCGAUCAAGGAUGGACAUCAGGGCCAACCAUUCCCCCAUGGCCGUCAUGCGCACCAGUCAUCCUCUGCGUCAAUCUCCUCCACCACCACACUGGAAGCCGAACGGGCGGAUCGCAUUUCUCGCCUGGCGGGCUUGGAGCGUGUCGCAACAGCGCGAGCCGGGGCCAAUCGCCCGCUGGGGCUUCCCUGCCUCACGGUCGGCAGCGCCAGCGCCACCGGCAGUGUUGGUGGCCGCACCACCUGGGCAAGCGGCAGCGAUGCUUUCGAGGCCGACAAGAUGAGCGAGGGCCCCGACCCCGACGAUGGUGUUUCGAGCGCAAGCAACGUGAGCGACGAAGGCAACGCCAGCCUCGUCGGGUUCGGUGAGGGUGCCAACAGUACCAUCAGCGGCCCGACCUCGCGUCCGGCGGGGCUGAACCGCAUGUCAUCCGGCGGCCUUGGUGCCCGCCCGACGUCGAUGGGAAGUUCCAAUGUCAGUCGCCCUAACCCCCUCGCCUCGUACCUGCAGCAACAGCAGCAGCAUGCCGGCGACAGCCCCAUGAUGUCGCCUUCGCCGGCUGGAUCCAACACCCCCGAGCCCAUGGCCGAGGAUGCCCGCAUAAUUGAUGGCAUGACCUUUGACCCGGACGUGGUCGAUACCACUGCAAGAACUCCUCGCCUGGUCACUCCAUCAAGUCACAGUAACAGCGGAUUCGGUACACCGGAGCGCGACUAA